AGCAAUUAAAUCGAAGUAGUAUGAAAGUAGCAGACAGAAUAACAAACAAAUGAAAGGAUGUGUUAAUGGAGAAAGAAAGGCACCUCAUAGAAACACCGAUAUAGAAAUACCUAUAGUUAGCAUGAUAUGCGGCUGCAUACGGUAACAGUAGCCGUCGUAGUAUUUGUUAUCUGGCUCUCCAUCAGGAGGAGGGUUCGUGGUGUGAUGGGACUACAAAUCCGUUAGCGCCCACAGCCUCCUCCUCUUCCAUCAUGGCUCCCUCGAUAGACAGGCAAGGAUACUGGGGCCGGCCGACCUCAACGCUGGACUGGUGUGAAGAAAAUUAUGUCGUGUCUUUUUAUAUUGCGGAGUUCUGGAACACUGUCAGCAACUUGAUAAUGAUUCUUCCUCCCAUCUAUGGGGCCAUCCAGACAUUUCGUGACGGCCUUGAGUUUCGCUACAUCUGCUCUUUCCUUGGACUGGCAGCUGUCGGCGUCGGGUCCUGGUGCUUCCACAUGACACUGCUGUAUGAGAUGCAGUUACUGGAUGAGUUGCCAAUGAUUUACAGCACAUGCGUAUUUGUCUACUGUCUAUAUGAGUGCUUCAAGCAAGAAAACAACAUCAACUUGUUAACUAUUGCAUUGUUAUUAAUCUUCAGCGCCUCAGUCACUCUGGUAUACUUACAGUGGAAGGAGCCGGUGUUUCACCAGGUUAUGUAUGGUGCUCUGGUAGCUUUCCUAGUGAUACGGUCUAUCUUCAUUGUUACAUGGGUGUACCCAUGGCUCAGGCCACUGUGCUACACAUCCUUAGGCAUCUUUAUGUUAGGGUUCCUCCUGUGGAACAUUGACAAUAUCUUCUGUGACUCAUUAAGAGCAAGUAGAAAAACUCUGCCCCCUGGUGUUGGAGUGGUAACACAGUUCCAUGCCUGGUGGCACAUCUUCACAGGUCUGGGAUCCUACCUGCACAUACUUCUGAGCUUGCAGAUCAGGUCAACCUACCUCAAGUACAGACCAAAAGUAAAGUUUCUAUGUGGUGUGUGGCCCACAUUGCACAUUGAACCACAGAAGACGAGCUGAAACCAUUGGGUGACGACCAUGUGAAGGAUGGUGACUUCCAAAUCAAGACAUCAUCUGCACAGGGACCUGGAAAUGCCCCCCGCCACUGUUGGGAUUGCAACCCACAGUAAGGGGGCAGGUGGAUCUCAAUGUGCCACCACAGGGACCCUUCAGUUCUGCACUGUGGGGAAUUGCUAAGUACAGUAUAGCACUGAGUCCAGUUCUAAGAAAUGGAAGUUUUUUUUUCUUUAAUGUUAUUGUAGUGUAGUUGUUUUUUUCCUCAUUCGUUUUUGAUGAAACCAAUGAAUGGCGUAGUCCACACAUACAGUAAAUAUUGAAGGGGUUGUGAAUGUUUGUGAAUUGUGGUUUGAGAUAGGUAGAAAACAGGUUUUUGGUAAUUUAGAAGUUUCACUAUUUUAUUUUGGAGUAUAGGAUAUAAUGUAUAUAUAUAUCUAUAUACACUACCAGUCAAAGGUUUAGUCACACUUUCUUAUUCAAUUCAAAGAGAAAGUGUGACUAAACUUUAGACUGGUAGUGUGUAUAUAUAUACACAGUAUAUAUUCUGCAACACUUUGGCUUAACUGUCUCACUGAUUUGCUUGGAUGUCCUCUUUAAAACACGCCAUAACUGGAAUACAUUCAUUUAUGUUGCCAAAGUUGUUGAGAUUUAAAACAGUUGUGUAAUAUGUGAGACAUGAUAGAUAAACACAAAAGACCUACAGUGUUGUUACAAAACAUCCUUACGCUUUUCCCAGGUACUAAGAGUAAGUUGAUCUGCUUUCUGCGUCUCAAGUUUCUGUGAGGCUUUCUCGGUUGCUCAAGUGAUAACGCCAAACUUAUUUGUUGUUUGUGACAUGCUCAUAUUUUACAGCCACCUUUCAAGCAUACAAAUGUGAGUGUAGAAAAUCACAAUGAGCCUUCCUCAGGAUUUGUUAUGUUAAGGAAGAUCUUUGUGCUUGAGUUUAACUAUCAACUGGGGAGCCCGACUAGGCAAGCAUGCAGUGACAUCACUGGGAAUGUUCACCAUCUUUCUCUAGCUGUUAAUUACAGUUACAGUUACUACACAAAAUCCCUCAAUCUUAAAAUCUUGAGAUAUAUAUACACACACACACAAACACACACACACACACACACACACACACACACACACACACACACACACACACACACACAUAUAUAUAUAUAUAUAUAAUGUAUGCAUGUAUCAGAUUGUAAUGCCAGUGAACAAAAAUGUGGUGGAGCCCCCUCAAUCAUUCAGAGAAGUUAAUUUCUACUGGUAUUAAAAACUUAAUUUACUACAUUAUAACUCUUUUUUUUUUUCUUUUUCAUCAAUACUGUGGUAUUUAAAGGGAAGCAUCAAAUAUCUCAUCCACACCUUAUGGAAAAAUAUACUCAGAUACUCAGUGAGACAGUUUGCCAUACAACCACUAGGUGGCACAAAUUCCCAGCUUGUUUCAGACAUUGCCAAGCAUUGAAGAACUACCUACUUAGACCUUUUCCUCACUUUUCAUGUACUGGACUUGUGUUUGUUUAAUGAAGGGCUUUUUUUUUUAUUUACAAUGUUUGUUUUGCUGCUGUGAAACUGUGGAUACGUUAUAAUGACUGUAAAACCUGGAGCUUGAAGUAACUUGUAAACUGGAAGAUGCACAACAUUAUUGCCAUGUGAGAAUAUUUGCAAUUGUGUGGCCUCCGAAACUGCUGUGUGCUAGAUUUUCUCCCCGAGACAACACAUGAUUUUCAUUUUUCAUGAUGCAUAAAAGCUGUGUCAUUAUAUCCCACGCUUGGGUAAGAGACCUAGUGUUACAAACGUUCAUAAGCACAAUACACAAAAGAAAGUAUUAGAAUUGUACAAAGUCUGUGUAAAACCUUCACUAUAUGUUAUUAUCUUGAAAUCACUGCUUAUCAUUAGAGGUGAGCAGCUGUUAAAGAGGGUGCCUUAUUGUUAUCCUUGCAGUGUAAUCCAAGUUGCCUUGAUGUUUGUGGUGGACCAUUAAAUUUGUCCCUUGUGUGUCGCAGUGCAUCCCUGAUUGUUAGCAUCGACAGGACGAACCAUAGUCACUUCUAAUGCAAUGUCUGCACCUAAUUCUUAGGCGUUCCAUACAUUUCAUGUGUCCAACAACUUAGCUACAGGCUGUUCUAGCAAUGUUAACCGUAGAUGUAACAGGUAAUAAUUACGUGUUGAGGCCAGAAGAGAGAAUUCUGCCAACAUUUUUGUUGAUCUCGGAUCAUGUGCCAGUCUUUUAUCAUGUCCUGUAUUGUCAAAUAAAAGAAAAUGUUCACGA